ACCAAUUAGGAUUAUAACUAACACGCUAAUAAAUUCGCUGUCUAGCUGCUUUGACAUUACCGCUGCUUAUCAAUGUCGUAACAGAUCACAAAAAAAGGACGGGAGAAGAUUUUUUAAACGAAGUCGGUACGAAAGGAAUUUCUUUCUGUCCUUUGGCUGCGAUAUAAUUUCCCAUGUAAUAUAUAGACGGCUUGCAAAUUAUGUUCAAAAUGUAGUAAGGCUGAAAUCCACAGUGGCGAUCAACUUAUAGAGUUUCUCAGAGUGCUCCACAUGACACAUGCGAUGAAGUAAGCAGAGAGACCCAAAGUCUCUCGGCAACCCAAACAGCUCCGAUUUUCCAGAGGGACUAGAACGGUGAUUAUCUCUGAAGGGAGUCAAAUGGAAAAUGCUAUUAUUUGGAAGCCCUUGUCCAAAGGACGUGAGAGCAGCUCUCCAAGUGUGCUUAUGCCAUUAGCAAUGUUACACCUAACGAAUUGCAAAGUGUGAGCGCUCGUGAACUCCAUCCAACUCGACUCACAUCGAAGAAGAAAAAACACGUGUGGCACUCGGGGAUUGCCGCGGUGUGGCAAAAUCUUGUGAACCGAAGUGUACAACUCGAUUGUCAAACGGAAACUGAAAGUUCUGCCGUAUUUAGAAAUUCCGUAGACCUUUGAAAGAGAUGUUUAUUGGUUAGAAUUACUAAGGCUGUCACAUUUCAGCAAUGUCAAGAGGGAUCGAAAAAUCCAAUUUCUUACGAAGUGAAUUUAUGGAAACUAAGCCUCAAGUAAUAACAGGGCCAGGCUACUAUAUAAUUUUUGUGAAUAAAAAUGAAAUCCUAUAAGUUUGUGGUAUACCGCCGAGAAAUAGAAAGGACAAAAUGAUAGACCAUGGACAAAGCAACAAAUUAGCGGAAGAAUGUUGUCUUUUACAACAACAAAAAUAAGGUGUGUGUAAUUCAUACGCGGUAGAAGUUAAACUCGAGCUUGAAGAGACCUACACUUAGGAUUGGGUGGACAAGGGUUGAAGAAGAAGAAGAAGUGAAACCUUAAAAUUUUUGGCUUCAAGACAAUGAGACGAUGAGACGAGAGAUGGUGGUAGGACCUCUUGUGAGUCCGCGCGGCGAUCCAACGCGAUCCACUUCGAUUCCGGACUAUGCAAGAGCCUUUGACCCGGAAUUGUACGAAAGAGUCCUGGAUAGCAAAGAAUGUCAAAGACAACUGGAUUUUCUGAGCAAUCGUUCUCUUGGUCUCUCUUUUAUAGAUGCAAGUGCCAAAAUACCUUCUGGUAUCUUGACUGGGAACGUGAAUGACUUCGGGGAUUAUGACGAAUGUUUGGGAAUACACGAUUACGUAGAAGGCAUGGAAUUGCAGGGAAAGUAUUGCACGGUCCUCGUGCCCUGGGACCAGAUGCCUACAAACCUACCAGAAACAUUAGAAGAUAACUGGUUACAGCUAUUUCUGACCUAUCAAUUCCGGGGUAUUUCUGGAAUGCUGGAGCAAAAUAAGGGAUAUGCUCAUGAAGUGUCCAGUAUAAGAGGACGCAUUGACCCAAACGAGCAUACAGUAUUUGUGCUGAGUUCAAAUGAAACUCUUCUAGGCCUUUGCAUACCGAAAGUGUGUACGACAUCGGAAGCGCUCAACCAUGUUUUGAACUACAUCAGCUUUGUCAAUUUAACCUACAGGGAUUAUUACUGUCGGUUGCCGAAUGACAAGCCUUUUAGACCCGCUGAUUAUGUAUCUAUGGCUAUAUUUUCAAUUAUAGCGAUUUUAACAGUGGCAAGUUCUUCAUAUGAGAUUUACAAUGUCCACGUACUAAAAAAAGAUUCAUCACAGUUGCACCCUAUUUAUCGAAAUUUCUCAGUCUUUCACAAUACCCGCCGUUUCCUGACCUUCAACCGUAAUUCUGGACAAUUAGACUGUUUGGACGGUAUAAGAGUGAUGGCCAUGUCAUGGAUUACUUUAGGCCACACUUUUUGCAUGAUCAUCUUUGCUUUUACUCAUAAUAGUAUAUACAGAGUAAUUAAGUUCAGGCAGCUAGAAACAAAUGUUAUCUUCGGUGCGAUCCUGUCUGUUGAUACAUUCUUAUCAAUUAGCGGACUUCUACUUGUUUAUACGGUUGUUGGGAAAAUACCUAGAGAUCGUUUUCUUAAAGGGAUCCCAUUGUUUUAUUUAUACCGAUUAUUAAGAAUAUGGCCGCUUCUAGCAGCUACACUGCUACUUGAAGUUUCCUUAAUGCACCACAUCGCAGAUGGUCCAUUCUGGCAGGUGGUCGCUGGAGACGUUGAGAAUUGUAGAAGUAAUUGGUGGCGUAUACUCCUCCAUGUACAGAAUUACUACAGAAGUAAUUGCAUGAUUCACACUUGGUAUUUAGCAGUGGAUUUUCAGCUCUAUAUUUUGUCUCCUAUUGUGAUUGUCUGGUUGUUCGGGAGGAAAGCGAUAGCCUGGCUCAUUCUGAUCCUCUCAGUGUUGUUGUCAUGGGCUGUGACUAUAACUUACAGUUAUACAUUCAAGAUGUCCACAAUAUUACAUAAUUUUGAGCGUUCUGCUGAUAUCGUUACUUAUCUGGAUAAGUUUUACGAUAAUACAUUACCCAGGGCCGUACCAUUCGUCGUUGGCUUGAUGUUUGGGUAUAUCCUACACUUGCACAGAGAUAAAAAGUUGACCAUAUCUAGGCUAUAUGUGUCCUUGUUCUGGAUAUAUUCGUGCAUCGUCAUGUUUUUUGCGGUUUAUUCUUUAUACCCUAUGGCCCAAUCUGGCUACGAUAACCAAGCGUUUGAUAGUUUUUAUAAUGCUUUUGCUAGAAUAUUAUGGGCUUUUAUGAUCGGCUGGCUAGUCUUGGCAUGCGAUCAUGGUUAUGCUGGUCCAAUUAAUUGGUUCCUGUCAUUGAAAAUUUGGAAAAUCCCUGCUAGAUUAUCAUUUGCCGUUUAUCUGAUACAUUUACCUUUGCUUAUGAUCUUCCAUGGUUCUUGGAAAGAAACGCAUUAUUUUGGAGGCACAGAAACGUUUUUUAGAUACCUCAAUAAUUUGUGCGUGACCAUUCUAGUUGCCUUUGCUAUGUGCAUCGUGAUUGAUGCUCCGUGCUCCACGCUACAGAAAAUGCUUCUCGGCAUCAAGAGUAAUACUCAGAAUAGCUCAAAUGAAGAACCGCAAGAGGCGGUGGAAGACGGAAAAUCCUUCAAAACAACUUUGUAGAAUUGAUUUAGUUUAUAGUCGCGUUGUAGUUUUGGUGUAUAAAAAAAUAGUAACUCUGA